GCGGCGCGGUGCGCGCGGGGCGGCGCGGGCGGGCGCGGAGCGGCGGCGGCGGCGGCGAUGGCUUUCGAGGCGCUGGCGGAGGCGGCGGAGCGGUGGUGCGCCCGCACGCCCUUCCAGCUCAUCGCCGCCGAGGAGACGGAGCGGCGCAUGGACUUCUACGCCGAGCCCGGCGUCUCCUUCUACGUGCUCUGCCCGGAGGCCGCCUGCGGCGACAAUUUCCAUGUGUGGAGCGAAAGUGAGGACUGCUUACCUUUUCUGCAGCUCGCACAGGAUUACAUCUCCUCCUGCGGGAAAAAGACGCUCCAUGAAAUAUUGGAAAAAGUCUUCAAAUCCUUCAGACCUUUACUUGGGCUUCCAGAUGUCGAUGAUGAUGCAUUUGAAGAAUAUAACGCAGAUGUGGAAGAAGAGGAACCAGAAGCCGAUCACCAACAGAUGGGUGUCAGUCAGCAGUGAUUCCCUGAGAAGCUAAAAAAAUUCGGAAGCCUUUGGUACCAGGUGGGGUCAGGUGGUCCCACGUUAGCCUGUUUGAAUUAGCACAUCACAUGGGGAUAUCUGGCUCCCAGGAUAAAAGUUUUACAAAAUGGUUUAAACAAAAAAUUAAUAACAAUAAUAAUCUGUGAUGAGCUUUGCUAAGAAGUGACCUGAAUUUUGCUCCUGCUUCAGUGGGUUUUCUAUGGAGUUGUCUUGGUAGCAUUCUGCCAUUAUCAGUCUAGAAGUAGUUUUGUCGCUGACUUGUCUCUUCGAUUUGUGUUUGAGAGUAGCAUUCACUGACACGAAUGUAGAGUACCGAGAAUGUAGGAAGAGUGUGGUGAGAGCACCGAGUCCUCACCCGUGACCUUUCCGUGGACAUCAGCACAGAGAGCAAACGUGACUUGUGCUUUUCUUUUUAGUUCAACAGCUAUGGUUUUUGACAAAGUACCAAACUCGGAGAGAUUUCUCCUGAAAAACACUAGUUUAAUAGCGGUUGGUACUGCAGAAGUUCACAUGGAGGCUUAACAAAAAUAAUGGGAAAUCCAGGGGAGUGUUGGUGUCAGGAGUAUUAAUGUUGUUUUGCCUGACACCUGAGUUUACAAGUGCUGCUUUAAUAACUGGGAGUAAUUCCUAUCAGCAGUACAUGUUAUAACCAACCCUGGUACUCUGACACCAUUUGAUCCAAAGCCAAAUGCUGCUUUUGUGCAAAUCUAUUGAAAAAUAGCCAUUGCCUGUCUUACUUCUGCAUGACAACCAACUUUAAGCUUUGCUGUGUUUAAUACACUGCUAAAUUAUUACACAAACCUUGUGGCAUUGUGAAUUAAAGUGCAACUUAACUUUGAAGCCAUAAGGGGUAUAAACCAGCACUUGGCUCUUAAAAUCAUGCUGGACUUGUUCUUCUCCCCAGCCUUUGAGCUAGUCUAGGCAUUUACACCUUGUCACAGGGGAGCUAAAAUAUUGCUACUUUGGCUGAUAUAAAAGCUAGUGAGGUUUUACUUAGCUGGAGACUUGCUCCCCAAAGGGAUUUGGUGGGGUCUUGGUAUAAAGGGAAAGAAGACCUCUCCUAUUUUAUACCUAUUUUGCAUAUAUUUAAGUGACUCAGAUGAGUGCCAGACUGUGAAGAUGCAGGGUCUCUUUGUUUACUUGCCUUUUGUACUGAAAAUAGAAGAAGCAAAGGGGUUUCUAUUGUAAUACAACUGUUUUCCACAAUUGAGCAAAAUGUUUCUAAAUUUACUCCUUUUUUCCAGUUUUUUUAAAAUCACGAAAUGAAGGUCACGCGCUUCAAAAGCCCUUUUAUACAGAAUGAGCUUUAUAAAAACAAAAAGUGAGCGCAGAGAAAAUGCUUGGACAACUCCCAGAAACAACUCGCACCAUUUUGAAAACCCUGCUGUUAGCGACCUCUCCUUUUCAGUAGAUUUUUUUAAAGAUUGUUUUUUUUUUUUCAAGGGAGUAAGAUUUCUUGGUGGUUUACAUUUCUGAUGAUGGCUUGAGAGAUGCACAGCACUUGAUUUUUCCAACCUGGGGCAAAGACCUUCCGUAACUGUGACGGUGUGUGGUACCUGGGUGUGCACAGAGUGUCUGCAACACUGUAAAAGUUGGAGUCUAAGAACACACAAAAGAAACAAAAAGUGGAAGAGAAACAGAGCUUAAUGCAACUUUGUACAUUCUUUCGGCAUGCAGGCAUAAACAUGAUAGUCGCAGCACAUUUUUAUGGACUAGUGACGUGAGAACCGUGGCAGUUCAUUGUAUAACACUGUACAGCAGCAAUAGGCUUUUUGCUUACUAAAAUAAAGUGUAAGACCAGUGGUUUCCA